GGGUCAGAAAUGCUAUGAAUGCACAUCUCUAUUUAUUACUGCACGUGAAUGGAUUUGGAGUUUGCAGAGUUGAACGUGAUCGCCCGGAGUUGAUGAAGUCCGUGAGAUGAAGUUAUAAUGUCAAAGAAAUCGCGAGCGAGUCUGCUGGGAAGAACAUCGUUACAUAAAGAGAUGCAACGAUAUGACGUUUUGUGAACCCUCUGAGGAUUGACGAUCACUCUUGCGUGUUACUUUGUUUCAUUUUACGCACCGGAACUCGACGUGCCGCGGUGGAAUUCUGGAAGCGCUUCAUGUUUUCCCACGAUUCAUAGAGCUUGAGAUUGUCUGUUCAUCUCAGUAAGUGUAAGGGAGACGGUGGUUUACAAGUUGCCGGUGUCUGUCAUACUUUUGUCGGAGUGGAGAGAUGGGGGCCGCGCCGGGCUCGGGAUGGGAGGAGGGAGAGUUCGAGUUUAAACUUGUGUUCGAGGAGGACCCGCCGCGACAGAGCCACUGCGGCCCGGAGGAGAGCGCGGAGAGCGGCCAGACGCGUCAUGAUCCAGCCGGUACCAGCGAUACCAACUCGACUUACACACCUGCUGGUCAGCCAGUGGGCAUCCCUCUUCCCUCUCCAUCAGGCGGGCACCGGGCUGGGAUGCAUUCUCCGCCCCCCAGACGUGCAUUAGUCAGAGAGAUCAUUGGCACUUAUGAGAGUCUGCCAGCUAGAUCAAUACAGGUGUCAGAGUCCAGAGUCCUGGAGUGCCCCAGCAUCCAGAUCACCACCAUCUCCCCCGAAGAUGACUCUGGCCCACCGGGGGGGAGUUACUGGGACAGCGGGUGCGUGGACAGGGAACGCCUAUACCUGCCCCUGCUUGACUCUUACCGUGACGUCAUGACAGGAGCAGGUUCCUUGAGCCCCAGUCCCAGCCCCGCUUCCAGCUCCUCGUCUCGUGGAUGGCUGAGUCCAGCUUCCAGCUGUGACUCUCUUCUGGUGGAGGAGGAGGAGCUCAACGAAGCAACCGCCCACUUCUGCCUGUCGCCCUCCUCGCGUCCCACCUCUCCCGGCGGCAAAAAGCGCAGGAACUCCCCGCUGGCCUCCCCCAGCACCUCCCGCAGAAGCAGCUACUCGGAGGAUCACCCCUCUCUGACGGACUCAGGAGAAACCUCGGCUCAGUCUCACACACCGGCGAGCUGUGAGCUCAACAUCCCGCAGAAGACCAGGAAGACGUCUCUGGAACAGGUGUCAUCCCGAGAACUUGAACCCGAGUCGACCCCCGUUCAAAACCCUCCCUGUCCCGUCCCAGAGGUGUCUCAGAUGAGAAGAGAGCCCCCCUCAUUAGGCAUGGACUACCUGUCCGUCCCUCCCGCUCUGGGCUGGGGCAGAACCAGGGCCAGCGCUCACAGUCCCAUUUUUAGGUCUAAUGCACUGCCACCUUUGGAUUGGCCUCUGCCAUCACAGUUCGAUCAGUAUGAACUGCGCAUAGAAGUGCAGCCACGGCCACACCAUCGGGCUCAUUAUGAAACCGAAGGCAGUCGAGGAGCAGUGAAGGCAACACCUGGAGGUCAUCCGGUGGUGAAGCUCACCGGUUACACCGAGAGACAGCCGCUCUCUUUACAGGUGUUUGUAGGGACGGCCGACGACAGGUCUAUACGGCCUCAUCCUUUCUAUCAAAUACACAGAGUGACUGGAAAGAUGGUGGGCACAGCCAGUCAGGAGAGCAUCCAGGCGGGCACCAAACUGCUGGACAUCCCCCUCAACCCCGAGAACAACAUGACUGCCCUCAUCGACUGUGCAGGUAUUCUCAAGCUGAGGAACUCUGACAUUGAGCUCAGGAAAGGAGAGACGGACGUAGGGAGAAAGAACACCCGAGUGCGUUUGGUGUUCCGCGCACACCUGCCUCUGUCUCCGCCCAUCGUCCCAGCAGGACGGGUCUUAGCCCUGCAGGUGGCCUCUCUGCCCAUCGAAUGCUCACAGCGCUCCGCGCAAGAGCUUCCUGUCGUGGAAUCGGUCAGUCUCACUUCCUGUUCAGCUGAAGGAGGGGAGGAGCUUAUACUGGCCGGGACCAACUUCCUGGCCAACUCCAGAGUUUUCUUUAUGGAGAGAGGUUCAGAUGGCAAAGUCCAAUGGGAGGAAGAGGCUCAUGUAGACCGAGACAAAAGCGAUGAGAGUUUGCUGUGUGUGCGAGUGCCGGCGUACAGUGAUGUUUCACUGAGUCACCCGGCGUCUGUCUGCUUGUACGUGUCCAAUGGGAAACGCAAGAGGAGCAGCACGCACUGUUUCAAGUAUCUGCCCAUCAUGUUUAGAGAGGAAGAUCCACUCAUGUCCCGUCCUUCUCACUUGCCCCUAGAAGGGGUGACUCUUUGCCCCGUGGGGAACAGUGGAUCAGACAGGCAUAUGAGACCAGAUGUUUCCAUCGACGACAGAAACAUGUCCUUCCACCUGCCUCCAUACCCCAGCGAUUACUCCUACUCGCACGCCUACCGGGAGGAGUACUGCCAUAAACCGGAGGUCCCCGAGGACAGCGGAGGUCGAGGUGCCCUGACCGAAAGGCAUCCCAGCUUCGAGAGCCUGGAGCUGGGCUUUACCGAGCUUCUUCCUCCCAUGUACCCAAGAGUCCCGCAACCUCUGUCCCCCUCACCGUCCCACUCUCCCUGGCUGGACUCCCCGUAUCUGUCGUCCUCACCGUCUCCCUCACACUCCUGCUCUUUGAGCCCGUAUCCCGCCAGCAGCCCGAUCUCCGGCUCUCCGCUCCCGCCGCUCUCUCAUUCCCUGUAUCCUCAGUGCUCUCAGGAGAUGUGCUCAUCACCUCCGUCAAACACCAGUCACUAUCAGGAGCUGUGCCCGCCACCGUACAGCCAGUACGAGGGCUGGGAGCAGCAGAUGAGAACCUCCUGUGAAAGAGACGGUCUGAAGCUGGACGGUCCACCGGACUUCACAGGACCUUCGCCGAUGCAACAUAUCACGUUAGAGGAAGUGAAUGAAUUCAUUGGAGAAGACAUCCAAUCCUUUCAGAUGGGUCCACACAUGGACAGUAGACCUGGUUGACAACAUCCUCCCUGUUAUAGUCCAAUAACAAUCAGUGUAUAGUAAAGCAUGUCAUUGUACUGUGUAAGGUUUUAUAUUUGAAAUAAUAAUAAUUGGUGGAUCUGUGGAAUAACAGAAGGUGCAUUGUAAGUUGUAAGUAUGUUUAUAUUUAACUGGUAUGGCUUCCUGACUGCAUAUUUGAAUGGAACUAAUGUUUUUAAUAUGUAUGCAAAAUAAAUUAUCAUUAUGAUAUUU